UCGAAAAAUAGCCUUUUUCUAAGGAAGUUAAGGAGGGGUUAAUUUUGCGCAGUGCUUUUAUCGCCAAAACACGACUGCUUGAACCAUUUCGUUUCCCUCUUAGUCGUCGACUCUCUCGUCGUUCCACACUCGUCCUAGACUCAGAGUAUUCACUGCCCAUUGCCUUUGCCCUAUGGUGCGAUCUCUUCCUGAUCCAGAGUGAUUUCAUCUUUUGAAGGAUCAAGGAGAAACUAAAAAUGGCAUUCAGGUUAGAUCUAUUACUUAUCACGCUCGCGCUGAUCCUUUCGCCUGUACUUUCCGAUCUGAUCUUCACCAAGGUUGAUCGUCGGAUUGAUUUGACUUCACAAAUCGUUCGCGUAUCUUCCACUAUAAGGGUGGAAAAUGAGGGGACUGAUGUGGUCUCUGAGGUACUUUUAGCCUUUCCCGAGGAACAAGCAAAAUACUUGGCUCAUAUCCAAGCAACACUUAAUGAAGGAAAAGGAAAAACCAAAGGACCUGCUAUAAAUUUCCCUGUCAAUGUUGUUUAUCCCAAGGAAAUACCUCCAGCAUUGAAAUUUUACUCAGUGUCUCUGCCAAAGGGAUUGAACAAGGGUGACAGCUUGACUUUUGAUGUGUUAGCUGUGUUCACUCAUGUUCUACGUCCAUUCCCAGAGACAAUCACUCAAGGUGAUGUUCAGUUUGUAGUGUUUCUUGACAGUGCAUACUUUUUGUCUCCUUAUACUGUGAAGGUCCAGUCAUUAAGUGUUAAAUUGCCCGAAGCAAGAAUUGAGUCUUACACAAAAUUGGAAAAUACGAAGAUUCAUGGUUCUGAGAUCAAAUAUGGUCCUUAUGAGAAUCUUCCCCCAUAUUCAUUUACACCCAUACGCUUUCAUUUUGAAAACAAUAAGCCAUUUCCUGUUGCUCAAGAGCUUGUCCGUGAGAUAGAAAUUUCUCACUGGGGCAGCAUUCAAAUAACAGAGCAUUAUAAUCUUGUCCACGGUGGUGCUCAAAGUAGGGGAGAAUUUUCCAGGCUUGAUUAUCAGGCCAGACCUUAUGCAAAAGGUGCUUCAGCAUUUAGGAAUCUUGUUGCAAAACUACCACCUAGAACUCAUUCAGUAUACUAUAGAGAUGAAAUUGGAAACAUCUCUACAUCUCAUCUAUGGGGUGAUUCUAAGAAGACAGAGCUGGAGAUUGAACCUAGAUAUCCAAUGUUUGGUGGUUGGAGAACUUCUUUCACUAUUGGAUAUAGUUUGCCACUUCAGGAUUUUCUAUUUCAGGAUCAGGGAAAACGUUUUCUUAACAUCUCUUUUGGUUCUCCUAUAAAUGAAGUUGUGAUUGAUAGGCUCAUUGUCAUGGUUGUUUUACCCGAGGGCUCCAGUGAUAUAUCUGUCUCUGUUCCAUUUUCUCAUAAACAGUGGUAUGAGACAAAAUUUUCACACUUGGACAUUAAUGGUAGACCAGUGGUUGUACUGGAGAAGGAAAAUGUUGUGCCAGAGCAUAAUCAACAUUUCCAGGUCUACUACAAGUUCAACAGCAUUUCAAUGCUUAGGGAGCCCUUGAUGUUGAUUUUUGGAUUCUUCAUCCUUUUUGUCUCAUGUAUUAUUUAUAUGCAUUCUGACAUGUCAAUUUCGAAGUCUUCUGCUUCUUAUUUAGCAAAACUACAGUGGGAUGAGGUGCAAACUGUGAUUCAACAAGUUCAGAAUGUUAUCAACAGAUGCUUAACCACACAUGAUAAACUGGAAGCAUCAUUGCGAGAUCUUUCUCGAACUGGUGACAUCCAAGCUUGUAAAGCAGCUCGCAAAACAGUUGAGGCUUCAUUGAAAGAGCUUUCAAAAGAGUUGAAGCCUUUGAUUUCGUUCUUGCAGUCAUCCCAGCAGACCAACCAAAUGUUGCCCAAGGUGGAAGAGCUAGUGGCCAAGGAGAGAGAGCUGCAAGAGAGGUUGGUUGCGAAACAUACAACGGUGGUGGACUGCUAUGAGAAGAAGCUCGGGGGACGUGAAAUUGAGAACAGGGUUGCUUCACAGCAGCAAAGAAUUACAACAUUAAGGCAGGAAGUUGAUGAUCUUCUGGAGUUCAUUGAUGAAAUAUAAUGAAUGGAGAGUUGAGAUCGGUCAAUGCCUGUUUCGGAACAAAUUUUGUUGUGCCUCAUUUAGAAAAUCUUGUUGCCAUUUUUUUUUUCUCUUUCUGAGAGUCUGGUGGUUAACUUCUAAAUUAUAUGAGACCUGUAUACUGAUGACUUGCAAGGUUUUGAGUUUUGAUCCAAUUAGAAAGUGUAGGCCCGGAAUAGAGAUGAUGCUUUCUGAUUUA